AUGCCGCUGCCGGUGCUCUUGCUGCGGGCAGCGGGCGCUUGGACCCGGCUCCGGCCGCCCUCCGUGCCGGGGCGCAGUUUCAGGUAUGGGGGGCGCCUGGGGCUGGCCGUGCCCCCCCGGCCGCCCCCCGCGCCCCCGGCCCCGCGCCGGCUGCUCCUGGUGGGCUCGGCCUCGGGCUGCGUGCUGCUGGGGCUGCUGCGCACGGCCGCGCGCUGCCAGGAGGCCACCACUGUCCCUGCUGUCCCCUCUGCUGCUCCCGAGCCGCCAGAGCCCCUCCCGGAGACCCCCUUUGACUGGCCACUGUUCUGGACCUUCCUGCGCCCGCAGCUCCUGGCGCUCUCCGCUGCUGUUGUGCUGGCACUGGGCGCAGCCCUGCUCAACGUGCGCAUCCCAGUGCUGCUGGGCCAGCUGGUGGACGUGGUGGCGCGGUGUGCCCGCGGCCACGUGGCCACCUACCUGCGGGAGGUGCGGCGCCCGGCCCUGCGCCUCCUCGCCGUCUACUGCCUGCAGGGCCUGCUGACCUUCGGGUACAUCGCGCUGCUGGCCCGCGUGGGCGAGCGGGUGGCCGGCAACAUGCGCAAGGCUCUCUUCAGCGCCCUGCUCAGGCAGGAGGUGGCCUUCUUUGAUGCCACACGCACGGGGCAGCUGGUGACACGGCUGACGGCCGACAUCCAGGAGUUCAAGUCUUCCUUCAAGCUGGCCGUCUCCCAGGUGAGCCCGGCCAUCUCCUGGGGCCUGCGCAGCGGCACCCAGACCGCCGGCUGCUUCGUGUCUCUGUACCUGCUCUCGCCCAAGCUCACGGGGCUGCUGCUCGUGGCGCUGCCGGCGCUCGUGGGUGCCGGUGCCGUCAUCGGCGCCUUCCUGCGCGGCCUGUCCCGCCAGGCUCAGGAGCAGGUGGCCAAGGCCACCGUGGUGGCCGACGAGGCGCUGGGCAACGUGCGGACGGUGCGCGCCUUCGCCAUGGAGGAGCAGCAGGCAGGGCUGUUCCGUGCCGAGGUGGACCGUGCCGGCCAUCUGAGCGAGCAGCUGGGACUCGGCAUCGCCGCCUUCCAGGGGCUCUCCAACCUGGCGCUCAACGGCAUCGUCCUGGGAACCAUCUUCGUGGGUGGCUCCCUGAUGGCUGGAGACCAACUCUCACCCGGUGACCUCAUGUCCUUCCUGGUGGCCUCACAGACAGUGCAAAGGUCCUUGGCCAGCAUCUCCAUCCUGAUGGGCCAGGUGGUGCGGGGUCUGAGUGCUGGUGCCCGUGUCUUGGAGCUGCUGAGACUGGAGCCCCUCGUGCCACUGCAGGGGGGUGCCACCAUCCCUGCCCACUCCCUGCUUGGACGCAUCUCCUUCAACCACGUCUCCUUCAGUUACCCCACCCGGCCUGGCUACCCUGUCCUGAAGGACUUCAGCCUCACCCUGCCCCCCUGCCAGACCGUGGCCAUCGUGGGCCCCUCAGGAGGAGGGAAGUCAACGGUGGCAGCGCUGCUGGAGCGGUUCUACGAGCCCACGGCAGGAACCAUCACCCUGGAUGGGCACGACAUCGCCGGCCUGGACCCCUCCUGGCUGCGGGGGCAGGUCAUCGGCUUCAUCAGCCAGGAGCCGGUGCUGUUUGGCACCACCAUCAUGGAGAACAUCCGCUUCGGGAAGCCAGGAGCCUCUGAUGCCGAGGUGUACGAGGCUGCCCGGCUCGCCGACGCUGACGGCUUCAUCCGCAGCUUCCCCGAGGGCUACGACACCAUCGUGGGCGAGCGCGGCACGGCGCUGUCCGGGGGGCAGAAGCAGCGCAUCGCCAUCGCCCGGGCGCUGCUCAAGGACCCGGCCGUGCUGAUCCUGGACGAGGCCACGAGCGCGCUGGACGCGCAGGCGGAGCGGGCGGUGCAGGCGGCGCUGGAGCGCGCUGCCGCCGGCCGCACCGUGCUGCUCAUCGCGCACCGCCUCAGCACCAUCCGCGGCGCGCACCUCAUCGCCGUGCUGGCCCGCGGCCGCGUGGCUGAGGCGGGGACUCACGAGGAGCUGCUGCGGCGGGGGGGUCUCUACGCCGAGCUCAUCCGACGGCAGACGAAGGAGGGGUCCUGA